AUGGGCGGCUCAACCCCUACUCCGAUAGUCAAGCAGGCAAUGGAAGAAGCGGAAGAGCACUUCGUGGACAUGGAGGAACUACUCGAAAAGUCCGGAGACCACAUCGCUUCUCUAGUGGGUGCGGAAGCUGCUUAUGUAACGGCUGGCUGUUACGCUGCUAUGGUGCUCUCCACCGCCGCGUGUAUGACCGGCAACGACCAAGCAAAAAUGGAUCAGCUCCCAGACACCACCGGCAUGAAGGAUGAAGUCAUCAUCCAAGCGAAGCAACGAUACGGCUUUGACCGGGCUUACACCAUACCGGGGAGCAAGCUAGUGAUGGCGGGCGAUGAAAACGGAUGUACGGCAGAGCAGUUGGAAGCCGCAAUCGGUCCCCAGACCGCGGCGGUUAUCCACUUUAUCAGUCCUGAUCCGGACGUCACCGUUGUCUCACUCGAAGAUACGGUCAGAAUUGCACACGCGCAUAACGUGCUUGUCAUCGCUGACGCCGCUUCACAAAUUUUCCCGAUCGACUACUUUCAGGACACCGCCACAUCGGCUGACUUGGUCUGCUUCGGUGGCAAAUAUGUCCACGGUCCCCAUUCGGCUGGGUUUGUGGCUGGAAAGAAGGACCUAAUCCAAGCAGUAGCAGCCCACGGUUUUAUUGGACCCCGCCCCUUGGGACGAGGGAUGAAAAUAGACCGGCAGGAAAUCAUCGGGCUUACGGUCGCUCUCGACCAAUGGUUCACUAUGGACCAUGAGGAACGUUUCGACGAAUACCGUAAAAAGUUCGCCGUCAUUGAGCGAGCAAUUGAAGGGGCUCCCGGCGUGGAAGAGACGAAAGAAGCCACUACGCCGAGAUAUUGGGGGGUUGAACUCCACGUCGUCGUUAAUGCAGCGGAGGCAGCACGGAGUGCCCGCGAACUCAUCGAGGCCCUUGAUGCCGGUGACCCCUGCAUCAAAGUUGGCGGCGAAGGCGAAGAUACCGUGGUCGUCAGGGUGGACAAUCUAGAGGAAGGCGAUGAGCACACCAUCGCCCAGCGGUUGAGAGCCCUGCUCGCCGGUUAA